GAGGGAGCGCUGCGGGCGGGCGUGGGGACAGGCGGUCACGUGCGCCGCGCGUCGCGACGCUUGCUUCUGGCGUCGUGCACGACCACGGCAUGGCCCCGACGCAGCACUCUUACUCCGCUCUCGCUCCCUCAUCCUCGCCUCUUGCGCGCGUGCGUCCGUGCAGCCACCAUCGCUGCCGGCCUGCACCAGCCCUCGCCCCCACCAUGGCGUACCCCGCCGCGGCGAUGCCCGGGCGCAGCGCCUUCCCCCACUCGCCCGACCCCUUUGCGCCCGACGUGGCGUGGCUCGACGGCCUCGCCCAGCAUCCCAUCUUCCAUGCCGGCGACACGCCGCCCGCGCCGGCGGCCGGGCGCUCGUCUGUGCGCGCCCGCUCGACGCUCGCCCUGCGCGGCACGGACCUCGUCGCGGCCGUCGGCUCCGAGCUGCGCAUUGCCAGCCUGGCCGAGGCCAAGCACGCUGCGGCCACGGGCGCCUCGCCCGCCGAGCGUCCGCACCGCGUGCUGGCGCAUGCGCUGCCGCCGUUCCCCAUUGCCAGCAUUGCUGUGAACCCGGCGAACCGCCUGCUGGCCGUCGUCGGCUCGCACCAGGUGGCCGUGCUCGUGCUGCCGCGCUCGGCGGGCUCCAAGGCGCAGGCCGACGCCGCACACUCCCGGGGCGCCGCUCGCAGCGUCACUUGCCAUGCCGCACGUGUCGGCGCCUACUACCACGACGAGCACAUCGGCCCGCACGCCCGCGUCGCAAAGGUGCUCUGGCAUCCGUGGGGCAAGGACGGCACCUCGCUGCUUAUCCUCACCGCUGACGGCACUCUGCGCGAGUACAACGUGUCUGGCGAUCUCGACGAGCCGGCGCAGACGCUGGCACUCACCCCGCCGCCGCCGCCCGCGGUCGGGCGCAGCGACAGCCGCGCGGCCGGGCCUUCCCGUUUUGGCGUCGGCUCAGGCGCGGCGCCGGGCAGAGAGUGGGACCCUGCCGUGGGCCUGGCACUCGGCCUCUCGGCUUCGGGCGCCGGCAACAGCGGCGACUGGAGCGCGCUGACCAUCUACGGCCUGACGCGGGCUGGAGAUGUCUACGGCAUCACCCCCUUCCUGCCGGCACAAGCUCAGGUGCCGGCUCAGUAUCUCUCCGCCCUGAGCACAUACACGGCCGAAACUUCCGCAGCUGCGAGCAGCACCUCGCGCACGAGCUCGCUGCGCUACCUGUCAUCUCUGCUGCAGCAGCGCGAGUCCACAGCCGCAAACGCGCGUGACGCCACGCCGGCAUACCUGCGAGGUGUCACGCCUGCUAGUGGCAUGUCGCUGGACGCUGGCCUGCUUGCGCAGGAGCCCGGCGACGACGAUGAUGGCGACGCUGAAGACGGCGAGAUUCGCGUGCUCAUUAGCACGCCAUCUGGGCAGAUGCCAGCACGGCAGGGGCCGUUCCUGCUCGCGCCGGCCCCGCACGAGCUCUCCGAAGUUCGCGAGGCGAAGGCCAGUGACAUGACUGUGCUUCGGGUGCCGGCCAGUCCCGUCGAGGACGGCGACACAGCAUUCGCGGUCCUCGCCAUCGUGUCGGACGACGGCAGGGUGGACCUGGGAGUGCUCCCGUCGAUCUUUCCACGAUGGGGCGGGGGCGCGCGCACAAAGGCGCGCAAGAUGGGUCGCUACGGCUUGACGGACGACGAGGAUGACGAGUCGUUCGACGAGGACGAGGAGGGCGAGCUGCCUGCGGUCCUGAUCUACGAGACGAUCGACCUGGGCCUGCUCGCAGAUCUGACGUCGUCGGGCCUCGGCGAUGCUUCUUCGGAUCCCGAGAGACUUGAACGGCUUCUUGGUGCGCAUGCACCCGCCUUCGUGCCUGAUCUUCUUUACAGCGACACGGUCUACGUGCACCACUCUCUUGGAGCGCACGCGUUGUGCAUUGGCACGUGGGCGCGCGACCUGCUGGACGCGAUGAACACUGCCGCCGAUGCCACGCCCGGCAGAGGCCUCGGUGCGGACGGCGAGCCGCAGGUAGAGGAUCGCCAAGGCGCAGUGGCGCGGGUUCUUCACCGCGCAGAGCCUACGCAGGUGGUCUGGGCGGUCAAGACGCCAGGCUUCGACGCUCGCGAGCAGCGCCACACGCCCAUCUGCGGGCUGUGCAUCAUCAGCGACGUGUAUCUGUCCUACGCGCUCCUGGCUGUUGCAGCGCCCUGCACGCCGGUGGCCUUGGAGCUCAACAUGCGGGUGCCCGAGGAGCUCGAAGCAGUGGCGCAGGAUCACGCCGAACAUGCGACACGCGGCCUCGGCGACGCAGGUCCAGCGCAAGGAUACGUUUCGCUGCUCGGCGACGGGCCGCCCUUCGCCGUGCCGUCGCUGUUCCGCAGCGGCUCGACACUGCCAAACGCCCCGCGCGUCAUCGCGCGCGGCGGCGAGGUCGAGAUCACUCCGGACACCCUGCGCGAGCUCGGCACGACUGCAGAGCGGUUGCGGGACCAGAUGCGGUCCGUAGUCAGCGCCGGCAACGUCGUGCAAGGGCGACUGGAUCUGCAGCUGCGCGAGAUGUCGCGGCAGCUCGAGCGCCUCGCCGACGUGCGCCGGCGAUGCCGCGGCAGCCGCGCGGACGGCGGAGAGUCGCUCGAGGCCCGUCUCGCGCGGGUGCAUGCACGGCAGCACGCGCUCGUCGCACGCACAGAUCGCGUCCUUCAGCGUCUGAUGGACGCGCAUCAGCCCAGCCUCAGCAUGUACGAGCGCAAGUGGUUCGACGAGCUGGCGGGCCUGGCGGAGGAGAUCGGCCUCAAGGGGGAGGCCGACGAGCAGCCUACCGGCCUGUCGGCUCAGGCGGACAAGCUCGACUACCAGCUCUCGCACCUGCGGCCCUCGCUCAUGGCGCUGCAGGCGAAGGGGCAUCCUUCGAGCGGCGAAGGCCCGCCAGGCGCACUCGGCAGCUCGCAGCUCCAGGCCAUGGAGCGCAUGCUUGCGCAAGAAGCCGCGCUGCUGCUCGAGGCUCGCACGAAGGCGCGUGCGCUGUCCGCUCACGUUGCGCAGGCUGCCGGGCACUGAGACAGCGCGACUACACUCCCGCCCGUUCGCGGCCAUUGUGAUGAACGUGCUGCCCCCUUCCUUCUGUGGCAUCCGCCCAUCGGCGGCAGCGACGCGGCAACGGCAGUGCGGCGCUCUGGCUGCGUGUGAACCGCAGCGUCGUGCCGGGCAGCACGCUGCAUCGCGGCACUGCGGCAUCAUCGUGUCGGAGGGCUCGUCCUGCCUCCUGCAGCGGAACAGGACUCAGCUCUGCAAUGUGCCGCGACGCAAAGGGUUGGCACGCAUCCUCUGCGUGCGUCAUGCAGACAGCCUGUAGUUGCGCGAAAACGCGGUGGCCAAGCACGAUCGGCCGAAAUUGAUGUAUGCUGCAGCAUG